AGAUGUGAGCCGCGUGCUGCGGGUGCGGCGAGGCUGGCCCUAUAAAAAUGUUUCUGACAUCCUUGUGCGGAUACGCAGACUUCUCCACCUAUAGGAUCACGGGCUAGGGGGUGCUCGAUCACAGCAGCCAACGUGUGAAGGCGCCUUGCAAAGUAUUAACAGCGCUAUCAGAUUUUAAUUGCGUAGUUCUGAACCAUCAGUUAUGUGAGGAAACUGGGUCCUCCACGAUCGGCCGCCUCGCCCAAUCUCAAAGGAUAAUUACAGGCUGAGUUCGGCACCAGGACCCAGUUUCCUCCUGGCAGAGGUCCAGGUACAGGCUCACGGUCGCCACAGGUCGGUCUGAGGAAAACCGCAAGCUGCGCCAAAUCUCGCGCAGCGGGGCUGGAGGACGGGCGGGGAAUGUAACGUAUCGCGAGAUGACAGGAUUUUCCCGCGAAGUAGAAUCGCGCUUUUUUCCCUGGCGGGGGAUUUGGCGAGAAGGCUGGGCCGGCAGAGGCUGUGAGGAAUUAGCUCGCGGCAUUGCAGGCGCUGAGUGGAGGGGACCCGGUUCCCGGGUGCGUGUCCAGGCAUGCCAGCGGAACGGCCCGCGGGCAGCUGCGGCUCCCAGGCUCCAGCAAUGGUUGAACAGCUGGACACUGCCGUGAUUACCCCGGCCAUGCUCGAAGAGGAAGAACAGCUUGAAGCUGCUGGACUGGAGAGAGAGCGGAAGAUGCUGGAAAAGGCUCGCAUGUCUUGGGAUAGAGAGUCGACAGAAAUUCGGUACCGUAGACUUCAACAUUUGCUUGAAAAAAGCAAUAUCUACUCCAAAUUUUUGUUGACGAAAAUGGAACAGCAACAAUUAGAGGAACAGAAGAAGAAAGAAAAAUUGGAGAGAAAAAAGGAGUCUUUAAAAGUUAAAAAGGGUAAAAAUUCAAUCGAUGCAAGCGAAGAGAAGCCAGUUAUGAGGAAAAAAAGAGGAAGAGAAGAUGAAUCAUACAAUAUUUCAGAGGUCAUGUCAAAAGAGGAAAUUUUGUCUGUGGCUAAAAAAAAUAAAAAGGAGAACGAGGAUGAAAACUCCUCUACUAAUCUCUGUGUAGAAAAUCUUCAGAAAAAUAAAGAUUCAAAUAGUAUAAUUAAAGAUAGAUUGUCUCAAACGGUUAGGCAGAAUACUAAAUUCUUUUUUGACCCAGUCCGGAAGUGUAAUGGUCAGCCAGUACCUUUUCAACAACCGAAGCACUUCACGGGAGGAGUGAUGCGAUGGUACCAAGUAGAAGGCAUGGAAUGGCUUAGGAUGCUUUGGGAAAACGGAAUUAAUGGCAUUUUAGCAGAUGAAAUGGGAUUGGGUAAGACAGUUCAGUGCAUUGCUACUAUUGCAUUGAUGAUUCAGAGAGGAGUACCAGGACCUUUUCUUGUCUGUGGCCCUUUGUCUACACUUCCUAACUGGAUGGCUGAGUUCAAAAGAUUUGCACCAGAUAUCCCUACAAUGUUAUAUCAUGGAACCCAGGAGGAACGUCAGAAAUUGGUAAGAAAUAUUUACAAACGGAAAGGGACUCUGCAAAUUCAUCCUGUGGUAAUCACGUCAUUUGAAAUAGCCAUGAGAGACCGAAAUGCGUUACAGCAUUGCUAUUGGAAAUACUUAAUAGUAGAUGAAGGACACAGGAUUAAGAAUAUGAAGUGCCGUCUAAUCAGGGAGUUAAAACGAUUCAAUGCUGAUAACAAACUUCUUUUGACUGGUACUCCCUUGCAAAACAAUUUAUCAGAACUUUGGUCAUUGCUAAACUUUUUGUUGCCAGAUGUAUUUGAUGACUUGAAAAGCUUUGAGUCUUGGUUUGACAUCACUAGUCUUUCUGAAACUGCUGAAGAUAUUAUUGCUAAAGAAAGAGAGCAGAAUGUAUUGCAUAUGCUGCACCAGGAAAGAAUUCCUAGAAUGUAUAUGUUAGAAUUUACAGAUGAUGGCUUCUUUGAAGGCAAAUUGCCCUCCAGAAAAGAUUUAUAUGACAUACGUCCAUAUGAAAAUACUUAUUUACUCAAGCUUCAUACCAAUUUUGAGAUUUUAACACCUUUCUUAUUGAGAAGACUGAAGUCUGAUGUUGCUCUUGAAGUUCCUCCUAAACGAGAAGUAGUUGUUUAUGCUCCACUUUCAAAGAAGCAGGAGAUCUUUUAUACAGCCAUUGUGAACCGUACAAUUGCAAACAUGUUUGGAUCCAAUGAGAAAGAAACAGUUGAGUUAAGCCCUACUGGUCGACCAAAACGACGAACUAGAAAAUCAAUAAAUUACAGCAAAAUAGAUGAUUUCCCUAAUGAAUUGGAAAAAUUGAUCAGUCAGAUACAGCCAGAGGUGGACCGAGAAAGAACUGUUGUGGAAGUGAAUAUCCCUGUAGAAUCUGAAGUUAAUCUGAAGCUGCAGAAUAUAAUGAUGCUACUUCGUAAAUGUUGCAAUCAUCCAUAUUUGAUUGAGUAUCCUAUAGACCCUGUUACACAAGAGUUUAAGAUCGAUGAAGAAUUGGUAACAAAUUCUGGGAAAUUCUUAAUUUUGGAUCGAAUGCUGCCAGAACUUAAAAAAAGAGGUCACAAGGUGCUGCUUUUUUCACAAAUGACAAGCAUGUUGGACAUUUUGAUGGAUUACUGCCAUCUCAGAGAUUUCAACUUCAGCAGGCUUGAUGGGUCCAUGUCUUACUCAGAGAGAGAAAAAAACAUGCACAGCUUCAACAUGGAUCCAGAGGUAUUUAUCUUCUUAGUGAGUACACGAGCUGGUGGCCUGGGCAUUAAUCUGACUGCAGCAGAUACAGUUAUCAUUUAUGAUAGUGAUUGGAACCCCCAGUCAGAUCUUCAGGCCCAGGAUAGAUGCCAUAGAAUUGGUCAGACAAAGCCAGUUGUUGUUUAUCGCCUGGUUACAGCAAAUACUGUUGAUCAGAAAAUUGUGGAAAGAGCAGCUGCUAAAAGGAAACUGGAAAAGCUGAUCAUCCAUAAAAAUCAUUUCAAAGGUGGUCAGUCUGGAUUAAAUCUGUCUAAGAAUUUCUUAGAUCCUAAGGAAUUAAUGGAAUUAUUAAAAUCUAGAGAUUAUGAAAGGGAAAUAAAAGGAUCAAGAGAGAAGGUCAUUAGUGAUAAAGAUCUAGAGUUGUUGUUAGAUCGAAGUGAUCUUAUUGAUCAAAUGAAUGCUUCAGGACCAAUUAAAGAGAAGAUGGGGAUAUUCAAGAUACUAGAAAAUUCUGAAGAUUCCAGUCCUGAAUGUUUGUUUUAAACUGGAGCUCAAAAAUAGAUUUUAAGUUUAUGUUUACGUCUAGUGAUUUCCCUGUAUUGGGUUUGAAAUAUUGAUUGUCCACUUCACCUUUUUUAUUAUAUCAGUUGACAUGUAACUAGUACUAUGCGUACUUAAAUAGAGGGUAAUUUUCUGAGCCUUACCAAGAACAAAGAAGUACUCAUAUUAAGUUUAGAUUUUCAGUUAAUUUUUGAGACUGAGUAGUAUUCUUGGAUACAGGCUGAUGUGUACUUAACUACUUCCAGAUUUAUACAGUCUUCCUGUGGAAGUUUAGUAAAUGUCUUUUUCCCUCCUUUCUUCUAGUAAUGCAGUUCAUGGGUACUUCAGUUAUGAAGUAGGCUUUUCAUGGGGAGAGAUUGGGGUUAUGCUCUCUAUUGUUUAAGACAUUGUUUGAUUUUAGAGUCUAUUUCUGUGAGAUAGUUUACCAAAUAAAUGUUCCUUAUAAGAUGAUCUCAUUAAAUUAUUUUUUCAGGAAUAGCUUAGGUGCAAUAAUAGCAAAAGACUUGACUGUCGGUAGGAUUUGAUUAUUUUACUUUCUUGGUUUCAUUCACUAGUACUAUAGGAGUGUGUCAUAUAAAAGAUUUCAAGUGGACGUUCUGUUAGCACAAGAGAAGUUUCUGAAUGAAACUUUAGGGCGUUGACAAAUGACUAGAAAUUGGAAAUGGUAGUAUAUCAUGCAAAACAAGACAGAUCCUGAAAAUUUAUAGUGGUUAACUAGAACCAAAUAGAAGAGAACAGGCCUUAGGAGUAUGUAAGUAAUGCAAAAUCCGUAAUAGAACAGCAUAAAGGCCAAAAGGGGUACAAUUUAGACCCUGUGUGAAAGGAUAUCAGGCAGUGAGGAAGAGAAAUCCUGAAUGUACCCUGGAGAGGGGACAUACUCCAUGAGCCAUACAUUUCUGCUGGUGUUUAUUUCAUGGAAAAAUAUUGCUGUUGCCAUCCAUAUUCAAAUGUAGAUCAGAUGAUCUGUUUGGGAUAAUGAAACUGUCACUUAAGAAAAACUUAAAUUGUUUUUCUCCUGUGUCCUGUUUGCACAGGUCUUUUUUCUUUAAAAUUUUUAUUUCAGUAGUUUUGGGUUACAGGUGGAAAGUUUUGGUUAUAUGGAUAAGUUCUUUGGUGGUGAAGAAAAACUUCAGAUAGAACAUUUGGUUAAAUAAAAGACUAUAGAGCAGGUUUAUUUGUUUUGUAAGUGAAAAUGUUAACCCAUCACAUAAGCAUGCAGACCUAGGCUUGCUUGAAACUCGUGAUCUUGUCCUUAGCGACCCAGUCUUUUCUGUUACAUUGUCCUAAAUGACUGAUUUCAUAGUUUUACUCUGUCAUUGCAUGUCUCAUAUCUUCUCCCUCUCACUUUGCUCCCUAUUGCCCUGAGAAAAUAGACACAAUCAGAAAAGAAUCUUUAAAAGUUGUCACCAUUGCAUCUGUAAACCUAGCAUCUAUGCCUAUCUGUCCUUUAUUAUAUACUAUGGAUAUAUUGUUUGUCCUAGCUUGAGCCAAUUGCAAUGUCUCAUUUCUUUCAUACCAAAACUCCUUGAAAAAGAAUUCUAUUAUCGCAAAACUCCUUGCCUGUAUUCAUUGUUUUUAGUUUGUUCUGUGUUUUUUCUGAACCAAUUCCAAUCAGAUAUUCAUUUCCAUUGGAGCUGUUUUUUUUUUUUUAAGGUCUCGUGACGUCAGUGAAUUCAUUUUACUUGAUCUAUUAGCAGCAUUUCAUACAGUUGUUGACUCUUCUCCAUUAAAACACUUACUUUAUUUGGCUCCUAGCAAACAUAUUUGCUUGCUUUUUCUUCCUAUUUCUCUGACUCUUUUCUCAAUUUCCUUUGCUGUUUCCUUUUCUGUCCUCUAAAUAUUGGAAUAUCCUAAGCCUAGUUUGGGAUUCCCUUGAUGGUCUUCAUUUCUUUAAUAGGAGCUGUGCUGAUGACUCAAAUUUAUAUAUCCAACCAGAACCUUUCUCCUGAAUUCCAGAUUCAAAUAUCCAACUGUUUACUAGGUGCUUUAUAACUGUAUCUGUACUUUUCAUCUUGUUUAAUCCGAAUUUGCUUCUUUUGCAUUUUCCUUAGUUCAAUAAAUGACAACUUUAUUCUUCCAGUUGUUUAAACCAAAAAUCUUGUCUUCUCUUUCUUCCCUCACAUUUCACAUUUCACAUCUGAUUCUGAAGGAAAUCUCGUCUAUACUUUUUCUUUUUUUUUUUUUUUUUCCUUUUUUUGAGUCUCACUCUGUUGCCCAGGCGGGAGUGCAGUGGUGCAGUCUUGGCUCACUGCAACCUCUGUGUCCUGGGUUCAAGCGAUUAUCCUGCCUCAGCCUCCUGAGUAGUUGGGGUUAUAGGCGCAUACCACCAUGCCUGGCUAAUUUUUAUAUUUUUAGUAGAGACUAGGUUUCACCGUGUUGGGCAGGCUGGUCUCAAACUCCUGACCUUGUGAUCUGCCCACCUUGGCCUCCCAAAGUGCUGGGAUUAUAGGCAUGAGCCACCGCAUCCGGCAUUUUUUUUUUUUUUUUUUUCAUAGAAUCUCAGUUCGUCACCUGGGCUGGAAUACAGUGGCGUGAUCUUGGCUUGCAACAUCUGCCCCCCGGAUUCAAGUGAUUCUCAUGCCUCAGCCUCCUGAGUAACCGGGACUAGAGGUGUGCGCCACCACGCCUGGCUAAUUUUCUUAUUUUUAGUAGAAACGUGGUUUCACCAUGUUGGCUAGGCGGGUCUCGAACUCCUCACCUCAAGUGAUCCAUCUGCCUCGGACUAAGUGCGGGGAUUACAGGCGCGAGCCAUUGCGCCCAGCCUACUUUCUAUAAAUGUCAUCCUGUCCCUAACCCCCCACCACCACCUCCCGUACCCUGCAUAAUCUGUUUCAUUUGGUUCUUCCCUUAGUUUGGUGUUUUGUUUUGAUGUGUCUUCUUUAGAUGCCUUGGGAUCAUUUACUGUUCCUCAGAUUUAAGAACAAAUACUUAAAAGUUCUUAGAAAUACCUUCUUGAAAAGCCUGCAUUCCUACCAUCUCUCACCACUUCAACAUGAAAUAAUGAUCCCUUACAUCUUUUUAAUAAUAAUUUUUGAUUGACUCAAUAGUUUUAUUAUGGCUCUGUAAGUAUUAUUAAAGCUUUAGAUAAGCCAUGGAAUAUGCUAUGGUUUUUUCAUUCUUGUGCAGCUUUUUCUUUUUCUCCUUGAAGUUAAUACUUACUUUUUUUUUUAACCUAUCAGUAAUUUAUAUCUAAUUUCUCUGGAAGUAUAAACCUCUCAUUAUAUUAAAACAGAUCUCGUGAUUCAGUAAUAAACCUCCCCCUCCAAAUAUAUCCCAUCAUCUCUACUCCCUGGAACAUUCUUCUAGUUUGGACUGUAGAACUGAUUCCAUCUGCAACCUUCGUUUACCAUCAUGUUGGGUAUUCCUGUUGGCUGUUUCAUGUUUUGGAACUACUGUUAACUGCGUCUCACUUUUGUUUUCUUUUUUUUUCCUUUAAGACGGAGUUGCACUCUUGCUGCCCAGGCUGGAGUGCAGUGGCUCGAUCUCGGCUCACUGCAUCCUCUGCCUCCCGGGUUUAGGCUAUUCUCCUGCCUCAGCCUCCUGAGUAGCUGGAAUUGCAAGUGCCUGCCACCAUGCCCAGCUAAUUUUUGUAUUUUUAGUAGAGACGGUUUCACCAUGUUGGCCAGGCUGGUCUCGAACUCCUGACCUCAGGUGAUCCACCAUCCUCGGCCUCCCAAAGUGCUGGUAUUACAGGUGUGAACCACCGCUCCUGGCUGGAUCUCACUUUUUUCCUCCUUGGUUUACUCCCUCAUUUUGAUGGAUUGUAUUGUCUUGUGUUUUCCUGAGAAAAGGAUUCAAGAGAAAUGAAUAUUUUGAGAACUCAGAGAAAAUCUGGAUGUAUUUUUGUUGAAUUCCUACAUUUAAUGGAUAGUAGUUUUGGUUUGAGAUUUUAGAUUAGGAAUUAUUGUCUUCUCAGAAUUUUGAAAGUUACUGUGUUGUCUCUGAACUUCCAGUGUUGUGGGAGAGAAAAUUAAUGAUACCCCCUUUUUUUUUUUUUUUUUGGAGACAGGGUCUCAUUCUGUCACCCUGUCACCCAGGCCUAAAUAUAGCUCACUACAGCCUUGACCUCUCAGGCUCAAGUGAUCCUCCAGCCUCAGCCACCAGUUUAGUUUGGACCACAGCCAUGCACCAAAUUCCCUGCUAAGUUUUUAAUUUUUCUGUGGAGACAGGGUCUCGCCAUUUUGCCCAGGCUGGUCCUGAACUUCUGGGCUCAAGAAAUUCCCCGCCGCUUGGCCUCCUAAAGGGCUGGGAUUGCAGGUGUGAGCUCCUGCACCUGGCCCCCGAAUGCCCCCUAAUGCCACUUUGAUUUCCAGUCUGUUGAAUGUUGGGGGAAUCUGCCUUUUGUUAAUGUGAGCUUCUAAUGUUUGUCUUUUGUAUUUUAAAUUAAUAAUGUGUGUCUUUGAUAUGGGUCUUUUUUUUUUUUCUGUUUUUUUAAAGAGACUUCUGCUAUGUUGCACAGACUUGAUUUGAAUUCCUGGUGUCAAGUUAUCUUUCCUUCUCAGUCACUAGAGUAAUGUGGACUACAGACAUGUGACACCAUGCCCAUCUUUAUGUUGUGUAUCUUAUUUUUGUUUUGUUUUACCCUUGAAAAAGCUCAGGCUGAAAAUCUGUCUUUCAAUUCAUGGGAAUUUUUUAGAAUGACUUCUUGGAGGCUUUUGUCUUUUGAAUGUGUGAUCCCUUCUCUGCCUAUAACUUUUUUUUCUUUCUUUUUUUUUUAUGAGACAUGGUCUUGCUGUUGUCCAGGUUGGAGAGCAGUGGUGCAAUCAUAGCUCACUACAUUCUUGAACUUCUGGGCUCAAGCCGUCUUCCCACCUCAGCUUUCAGAUUAUCUGGGGCUACAGGCAUGUGCCACUAUGCCCAGAUAAUUAAAAAAAAUUUGUAGAGAUAGGGUCUUGCUAUGUUGCCCAGGUUGUUUUUGAAUUCCUGUCCUCAAGAGGAUCCUUCUACGUUUGCUUCCCAAAGCAUUGGUAUUAUAUGUAUGAGCCACCACCACCAGCGCUUCUGCCUAGAACUUGUAGCAAACUUUCUUUACCCCGUCUGCAUAGUCUGUUUCAUUAAAUGAUUCUUCCCUUUUUUUAGUCUGUCUUUUAUUUUGAUGCUUCUUCAAAUGCCUGGGGAUCGUUUACUGUUCCUCAAAUUUAAGAGCUAGAAGAAAUCUCUCUAAGCUCCAUGCAUGAGGGUUCUCAAUGGUGGAUUUUACUCCAGUGUGAAUUCACUAGACCAUUUAUUUGAGGGUCACCGAAUUGUCAGUAUGUGUAUAUGAGAGAGAAUAUGUACAUAUAUAUCUGAGAGAAAUUCUGUAAUCACUUGUCCUGUGUGAGUAUAUGUACUUCGCCAGUUUUCUUUUGGGGUGAGGAGGAGGGACAGUAUAUUAAGAGAGUUUACUAUUCAAAAUGUAGACUUGCUCAGUUUUCAGUAAAAUACUGUACCCUGUUUAUAUCUGGAUUCCCCUAUUCCAGACAUCCUCUGAUUCACCCUUUUCAGGGAGUUAAUAGUGACAUUUCUUCCAUUGUGAGGGGGAGUGGUAAUCACUUCACAGGGAGGUAAUGGGGCCAGUGUUUUUUAGUGAAAACCUCUAUCUAACACUGAGACUUUCAUUUCUCGUCUGUUGAGUCAGUUAACACUGAUACAUUUAUUUUUCAGUUCCCAAAAUCUUACUUUGCCUUUGCUUUUGUUUUAUUGUCUGGAGGUGUUUAACACCUGUUUCAUUUUUUACAGUCAUUUUAGUUUCCAGAUUUUAGUAAGGGACAGAGGGGAAGGAAUAGAUGGACUCAUUUCAUGAUAUAGAAACAAAUAGUCCCUCUCUUGUCUUACAUGAAAAAUUAUUCUUAAACCAGGCCUUGUCUUUCAGAACCUGAUCAAAGUAUAAAAAAUACUUUUUAGCUUUAUUUCUUUAAUGAGUCACUAUUCCAUAUUUUGAAGGUGUUAAGAGGUAUGGUGAAGAUGGUACUUGAACAUUUCCAAGCAAACGUGUGAUGAAAUCUUUCAUCAAUGUCUUAGCAAUUGUAUAUGAUUUUUUUAGUCUUAGCAAUUUGAGGUAAGUUUUUGUGGUUUUGUUUUUUUUUGAGAUGGAGCCUUGCUCUGUCGCCCAGGCUAGAGUGUAUUGGCACGAUCUCGGCUCACUGCAGCCUCUGCCUCCCAGCGGGGUCCAGCGAUUCUCCUGCCUCAGCCUCCUGGGUAGUUGGGAUUACAGAUGCAUGCCACCACACCUGACUGAGUUUUGUAUUUUUAGUAGAGACAGGGUUUUGCCAUCUUGGCCUGGCUGGUCCCGAACUCCUGAUCUCAGGUGAUCUGCCCAACUCGGCCUCCCAUAGUGCUGUGAUUAUAGGCGUGAGCCACUGUGUGUGGCCUGAGGUAAGAUUUUAUAAGAAGCCUACAAAGCCCUAAUUUUAACAUUAAGAACAUUAAGUGCUUCUGAUAGUUUUAAGUUCUGUAGUCUUUAUUUCAAAGAAUUAUUUCGUUCUGAAUUUCUAUUUAAAUUAGUCUAGAAUAUGUUUAUAAAUUUAUUUACAUUUGGUUGAAAUAUAUUCUUAAAACUUAUUCCUGAGCUUAUGUCCACAGGUUCCAGUUUGAGGAUAAACGAGGUCUAAAGACGGAAUUAACUUGUUCAUAAUUUUUCCUGUUCUUUUUAGAAAUCCUAGGUAUCCUUAGGCUAAUGAAUCUAUAGAUUGGCCCUGCAAGCAUGUCACUGGAUUUUUUUAUGUCUUCUUGAGUCUUAGCACUUUAAAUUCCUCUAUAUCCUUCACUGUCUUUCUUACAGCACCCUAAAAGAGUAGCAUGUGAACUAUUGCUCUUCUCUAAGGUAUUUUAGGACAUUCAAAAAAUAAUAUAUGAUUGGUUCUCUUCAUGCUAAAUAUUCUACCACAACUCAUACAAUUAAAGUGGUCAAAGAAAGGUCUGUUUCAUUUCUGUUUUCAGUUUAAAAAGAAAUGUUAUUUGUAAAAUAGUAUAGUCAUAACACAAAUAUGGCAGUUUUUUAGUGUUUUUUUUCUUUUUCUUUUUUUGUGAGACGACUUCUCACUGUCAUCCAGGCAGUAGUGUGAUUGUAAUUCACUGCAGUCUCCAACUCCUGGGCUCGAGGGAUCCUCCCACUGAGCCUCCUGAGCAGCUGGGACUGCAAACGUGUGCCAGUACCUGGCUAAUUUUUAAAUUUCUUUGUAGAGCUUAGGUUUUUUGUUUGUUUGUUUUUUAAAAAGCUUUGUUUGCGCAAACUGUUGUCCAGGCGGCUCCAAUUUCUGACCUCAAACAAUCUUCCUGCCUUGGCCUCCCAAUUGCAUAAGCUACCACACCCAGCCCACAGUUUUCUUUUAGUACAAUACAAAAAUCUUGUCAGCGCUAGCUUAAUUUACACUGUCUGUAUCCAACUUUUUUUUUUUUUUUUUUUUGAGAUGGAGUUUCUCUCUUGUUGCCCAGGCUGGAGUGCAAUGGUGUGAUCUUGGCUCACUGCAACCUCCGCCUCACAGAUUCAAGCGAUUUUCCUGCCGUCUUCUGAGUAGGUGGGAUUACUGGCAUGCAUGUGCCACCACGCCCAAUGAAUUUUGUAUUUUUAGUUAGAGACGAGGUUUCUCCAUGUUGGUCAGGCUGGUCUCGAACUCCCGACCUCAGGUGAUCCACCCACCUCAGCCUCCCAAAGUGCUGGGAUCACAGGCGUGAGCCACUGCGCCCAGCAUAUAUCCACCUCUUUACCAUCCACAUUAGCAUUUCAUAAGCUUCUGUUUGCCCUCUUAGUUAAUAACCCCAUCCCACGGUGAAUCACUUUAGUAAUCCGUAUUACAAUGGAUUAGUUCUGCAUAGCAAAAACUAUGAUAGGUGUGUUAAAUAAUGAAGUUUGGGGAAUGUUAAUAAGACGAUUUGUCUUACUAUAGAUGAAAUACUUGGUAAGAGAAUCCCUGGUGAGAUCAGAUCAGUUACAUGUAUAUCUUGCCUCUCUUAAGUCUCUACUAUUUAUUACUAGACUUGAGUUAGGAUUUGGGAGUGCCACUGAACACUAAAAUUAUUCUGAGUAUUUGAAUGGUAUGAGAAAAAAAUCCAUUUUAAUAUUUUAUCAAGUUGAGAUGUCUCACGUGAACUAGUUAGUGCUGAGAAUCAGACACAGGCACAUUUGGGAGCAUGGGGUGGCAAGCAGCUUUGCUUUGUCCUGUUCAUGUUGUACUCAUACUUGUUUCUACAUUUUUCAUUGAUGUCUCUUCGUACUAGCACUAGGGCACAGGAGAAGCUGUACUGGAAUAUUAUACUGCUCAGCACGAGACAGGUUGAAUCUUUUCUUGGGGUACAAGAUUGGAAAAUUGAGUUCUGAGCAGACCUGAAGAGAGGUCUGCAACUCAGAUUAAAUUCAUCAUUGAUUAAUUCAUUGUUGUUUGGAACUGACGUUUAGCUGUGUUCCUCACUCAGAUACGUGCAUUGAUAGCUGCUUGCUAAUUUGGUCUUAGCUCACAUUUCACCUAGAAUAUAUGAUCUCCCUCUUCCCCACUGUUGCUGAUCUGUCUGCCUCAUAAUUUCCGUGAGAUUGAGCAUCUGGUCUGUUUUGUCACCACUAUAUAAUAGCAUGUUGGAAACAAAGCAGUAAUAAAGCUAGAAAAACCAAGCGAAUACACUGGAUUUUAAAAAAUACUGUUUCCUAGAAUUAAAAAAAUAAAUGAGGCUGGGCCUGGUGGCGCCUGUAAUCCCAGCAGUUUGGGAGGCUGAGGCGGGUGGAUCACGUGGCCGAGAUCGUGCCACUGCACUCCAGUCUAGCUACAGAGCAAGACUUUGUUUCUUUAAAAAAAAAAGACCUCAUUGGGAUAGUUUAUUAACUGUUAAACAGAAAACUUAAGAAAUUCCCCACACAUGUAUACAUUAUAGAGCAAAUAAGAGCAUCAAAGACAAUCUUCCAGAUCUUUCAGAGAAAGGUCACCUACAAAGGAACAUCGAUCAGAUAAUAGAUUUUUGUUUUGUUUUGUUUUCAGAUGGAGUUCCACUCUUCUCGCCCAUACUGGAGUGCAGUGGCGCAAUCUUGGCUCACUGCAGUCUCCGCCUCCCAGGUUCAAGCAGUUCUGCAGCCUCAGCCUCCGAGUAACUGGGAUUACAGGCGCCCACUACCAUGCCCAGAAUUUUUGUAUUUUAAUUAGUAGAGAUGGGGUUUUGCCAUGUUGGCCAGGCUGGCCUUGAACGUCACCUCAGGUGAUCUGCCCGUCUAGGGCCUUCCAAAGUGGUGUGAUUACAGGACAUGAGCCACUGCACCUGGCUGAUAACAGACAUUUUAAUAGUAAGAUAAAAAGUAAAAUUUCCAAUGUGUCGAAGGAAGAAAAUUACAGCCUAGAACUUUUAUCUUCAUGUACAUUAUUUAAGUGUGAGGUAAUAGUUUCAGUGACAUUAUGUCACUGAAGACCUUAGAAGAUUCUCUCGCUAAAGAAGAUAAAGUGACUGACACAACAUGUAUUUCUCUGAGUAAUUAGAAGUGUUCUUUUCUGGCUGUACUGAAGAGACUUUAAUGAUUUCUUCAUGUUUUUAUACUCUUAGUUUAUAAUAUUGCAUAGUAGCUAAGGCCUGGCUCUAGCAAUUAUAAAUUGUUCUGCAAGUGCAGGCAGUAAUAGUUAAUCCUGCCUGAAGGAUGUGGGGUUUAUAUGGGUUAGUGCACAAAAGGACAUUUAUUAAAUUUAGUCAUAAUCAUCUCAAAGACAUGGUAAAUUAAAGAGUGUACAUAAAGUACUUCAUGUAAUGUCUGCCACUUAAUGUUCAAUAAGUCAAAGAGACCACCACCACUACUACAUUUUACUUUUAAUAGUAAUUAAUAGUAAUUCAGUGAUAAUAGGUAUACUACCAAAGAAAGUAAACAGAGCCAAAAUUCAAACCAUAGAAUCAUUUUACUGUGCUUUUAUUCCACCUCAAACACUAAUCUCCAGUCCUUGGAUAACGGCAUUAUUUCUCUGAAGGGGAAAGAUACCUCUUUUUGCCCAAGUCACACUUGUCUCAUUUCUUAUACUGUAAACAUGUGGUUCCAAUUCUGAGGUAUUUUCCUGACUUGUAGGACCCAAAAAGAAAUUAGGCUUGAGAAAUUUUAAGUGAAGAAAACAAUUCUAGUUAAGAGUGAUUGGAUCUUCCUAAAAGCUGACAUGGGACUGAAAAUUUUGAGGAGAGGGAAGACCUUUUAUGGCAUGUAAUAGGAAGAAGACCUGGAUUUUAGUUACUGCUCUGUCUGAUGUCCCAACUUGGGUAAGGCAACAUAUGUAAAUGUCAGUUUCUUCGAAUCUGAUGAAGCUGAUAAUCCAUGCUCAGCUUCCUUCAUGGGUCUCUUGCCUAUCAAGGUACAGUAUGUGAAGAUACAUUGCAGAUUAUUUCAUGCAUUGCUUCAGGGGAUGAUUAAACCAUCCUUUAUUACAGCCAGAGUCUAGUCUAAGGGAAGAAGGUUAUUCUCUAUACCAGUGAAGGAUUCAUCCAAACCAGUGUUUGGAGGCAUAGUCAUAAUUGAAAAUCGAUUAUUUUUGUUAUCUGUAAAACAGGUAAAUAGUAUGAAUCAUCAGGUGGUUGUGAGGAUUAAAUGAUACAUGUAAAAAAAAGAAAGCUUUGGAUAGUACCUAUUAUAAGAAACUCAGUGUUGUUACAAUGUAUGUAUUAUAAUGGAAUUUAAAUUUACGCUAACCAGCUAUCACAGGCAGAAAGAAAGGAAGUUAAUGUAUCUCUUGAUCACCAUCAUGAUGUGGUCUGGAAACCUCAAGAUCCUUUUCAGAGAAUACGUGAGAUCACAAUUUUCAUACUGGCACUAUGAUGCUAUUUGCCUUUUCCUCAUUUUCACAAGUGAACAGUGGAGUUUUCCAGAAGCUACAUAAUGUCAUGACAUCACUGAUGGGUAAUAGAAUGUGUGCUUGUAUAUUCAGAAACUUUCAGCUCCAAUUUCUUCGAUCAAUAUAAUCCUCAUAAAUAAAAGUUACUUGAGGACCUCAGACAUUUUAAAAAAUGUAAAGGGGGUGUGGUCAGGCUCAGUGGCUCAUGACUGUAAUCCCAGCAGUUUGGAAGGUUGAGGCGAACGGAUCACUUGAGGCCAGGAGUUUGAAACCAGCCUGGUCAACAUGGUGAAACCCCAUCUCCACUAAAACGUUUUCUGGGUGUGGUGGCACACAUGCCUAUAAUCACAGCUGCUUUGGUGGCUGAGGCACGAGAAUCGCGUGAACCCAGAAGACAGGUUGCAGUGAGCCAAGAUUGUGCCACUGCACUCUAGCCUGGGCCACAGUGAGACUGUCUCAAAAAAUAAAGUUGUACAGAGAUUGUGUAUUUGACAACUUGGUAUGUAGGAUGUGCUACCUCUAAUGUUCCAUGCUGUUAGUUUUCACUCACUACUGUAUUUUGAAGUUUUGUUCAUAUUGCUCUGUGUACAUUUAAUUCUAUAGUGUAUAUCCACCACAUUUAACUUACUUACAGAAGUAUGCAAGAAUUUCUCUGGUAAAUUUCACUAAGUACUUACGGGUGUCUUUUCAGAACGAUUGUAUGAGUUUACACCCCUACCAGCAGGACUGAGUACCCAUUUCCUCACAUCCUUGCUAGUACUUAAUUUGACUUUCUAAUUUUUACCAUUCUCGUAAUGUGGCAUAUUGUUCAAUUUUGCAUUUCUUCCAUUUUAUUUUUUCGCAUCUCUGCUUUUUUUUGGUCAGUUUUGCCAGUUCUGCCUAUUAUAUUAAUCUCCCAGAAUCAGCUUUUAGUUUUGUUAAAUCUCUGACAUGUUUCGUUGAUUUCUGCUUUCAUCUUAAACAUUUCUUCUUUGUUAAUUUGUGUUUCGUCUAAAAUAAGCAACAUCUUAAAUUCUUGAUUUGCUUUUGAUGUUUAUUCUCUAAUAAGAUAUUUAAAGAUACAAUUUUUUCCCUAAAUGCUCUAUUAGACUUCUCUUUAAGUUUUGACUGGUAGUGUUUUCAUCGUUGUUUAAUUUUGUGUUUUUUAACUUCUUUCAUGAUUUCCUUUUAAUCAAAGGGUUUCUUAGAUAUUUAGUUUGCUGGUAUAUUCUUUUAAAAUUGUCUCAUUGCUUUCUUUCUAUAUUGGAUUAUUGUCAGAUAACAUAAUUUGCAUGAUGUUAACUUUUUGGAGUAUGUUGUUGCAUCUUUGUGGCCUAGUACAUGGUUAACUUAGUGAAUGCUUCCAUUUGUACUUGAAAAGAAUGUAUAUUUUCUGGUUAUUGAGGGUGAAUUCCUCUUUUCCUGUUUAAUAAAUACAUGGCUAUAUAUUUGCUUA